UCCGGGAACGUAUUAAGAUGGCGGCCCGGGGAAGCGGCGCGUGCAGUAAGCGCCUGGUGCAGUAUGUUGUUGUUCGCUCGGAUCUGAUUAACACGCUGUCGUGGCCUUUAGGUGCGGUGAUCACGCAGGCUUGUCACGCCGCUACCGCCGCCAUUCACCUGCACUACAGCGACCCGGACACACAGGAAUACCUGGCGGAGCUGGACACCAUGCACAAAGUGGUGCUGCAGGCAGCAGAUGAAGCGUGUCUGACUGAUUUAUCCAGCACCCUGAGUGAAAGUGGCAUCAUGCACAAGCUAUGGACAGAGCAGCCCGAGAAUAUUCCCACGUGCCUGGCCCUUAAGCCUUACCCCAAGCAAACUGUGCAGCAUCUCCUUAAAAAUUUCAAACUAUUCAAAUGAGCAGCAAGGGGCAUGAUGCACUCUGUUGAAACUGAAAGUGUAAAAGGUUUACCUUAUUCUCGCUGAUAAACCUGGACAUAAACUAAAUUAUGGAUUCAAAAGCAACAAACAGUUUAGAUAAUUGGUUUUUUUAUUCUUGUUUAUUGGUGUUUUCCUCAUCCAGUGCAUACACAAUCUGUGUAUUAAUUAAAACAUGUAUGUUUAGUUGGGGUGACACCCCCAUCUACUGGACUGUAAAGUAGAUGAUUGACAAAUGAUUGAUUAGACAUUAAUAUAUGGUUAAAAAGGGCGGCCUGUCACCAAAGCUGUUUGACCCACAUAUAGUCUAGUGACAUACUGUUAAACUCUUGACUAGAAAAAUUCAUAUGAGAGUAUCAAAUUAAAUCACCAGAAGAAAAUAAAGUAUUGUCAUAUUUUCAUGUGGAAUUAGCCGUUACGUUCUGUAUUGUUUAAGGCAAUGUGAUUUUAAGAAAUCAAUGUCUUUAUGACAACUCAGAUUUGUUUAAUAAAAAUGUCUAAUAACUUAUGGAAUUAAAAUUUGUCUUCUUGUAUAACUGUGGCUAUUAUAAUACUGUAUACAUAUACAUAGAAUUAUAGCAUUUUUGCAAAGAUUAAAAGAAAAAUGGACAAAAUGCAGAUUAUGACAAUAUCAAGGCAAAUACUAUCUUAAAUUUAACAUUUGUGGAUACGGUUGUGUUUCUGGAAAUUGUGUAACACUAAUGUUAGCAUACAUGUACAACCAAAAAUGUAUAUCUAUGUCUAUAAUAAAAGAAAACCGUGUGUAAAACAUAUGAUGCUGCCACUAUUCCAAUAAAUGUAAUGUGUA